UUUAGAGGUAUCAUUAGCAAUUUUUUAGUUCUAAUGAAUAUGGAUGCCUAUUUUGCAGGAAAUGAUGGAGACUAUCUUUCUGCCAAUACUCCUUCUAAGGGUGCCCAAACUAUUAAGCCGCAACCUAUUGCAGUCCCAGCUAUUCCUGUUGACAAGAUAAGGGAGAUCACAAAAAAUUUUGGUGAUGAAGCUUUGAUUUGGGAGGGUUCAUUUGGUAGAGUGUAUUUUGGUGUCCUAAAGAAUGAGAAAAGCACAGGUGUAAAAAAAUUAUAUUCAAGCAAGCAGCCAGACCAAGAGUUUUUGGCACAGGUUUCCAUGGUGUCACGGCUGAAGCAUGAGAAUGUCGUGGAGUUGGUUGGUUACAGUGUUGAAGGAAAUCUCCGACUGUUAGCAUAUGAGUUUGCUACAAUGGGGUCUCUCCAUGACAUUCUUCAUGGACGAAAAGGAGUUAAAGGAGCACAACCAGGACCAGUGUUGUCAUGGCUCCAAAGAGUUAAAAUUGCUGUCGGAGCAGCAAAAGGAUUGGAAUACCUGCAUGAGAAAGCCCAGCCUCAUAUCAUUCAUCGUGAUAUAAAGUCAAGUAAUGUUUUACUCUUUGAUGAUGAUGUUGCAAAAAUAGCUGAUUUUGAUCUAUCAAAUCAAGCUCCUGACAGCUGAUUUUAAUUAUUGUUCCUAUU